AUGGACGGCAAGCCAGGAAGCCAGCAUGAUGAAGAGACGCAAGUCGAUCUUCCCAAGCCUCAUGAGAUUGGUGCAGUGGAUGACUAUGUACCCGAUACCGAAGAGGAGCGCAAGCUUGUACGCAAGAUUGACCUCUAUCUCUUGCCCGCCAUCUGGUGCAUGUACCUUCUCUCGUACAUGGACCGCACCAACAUCGGCAACGCAAAGACGUCUGGCAUGGCAACAGAUCUUGGUCUCGGUUCGAACGAGUAUUCAAUGGCUCUCACAGUCUUCUUCAUCGGCUAUGUCGUCUGCGAAGUGCCCUCCAACAUGAUCUUAGCUCGAACGAGACCGUCCAUUUUUCUUCCUACCAUCAUGUUCCUCUGGGGCUGUGUCACAAUCGCAAUGGCCUGGGUACCCAACUACCAAGCACUUGUUGGGUUAAGAGUCGUCGUGGGGGUCCUCGAGUCCGGGUUCGCGCCGGGUGUCCUCCUCAUAUUAUCGUCAUGGUAUAAGCCAAACGAACAGGCUAAACGCUUCGGUGUCUACAUUUCGGCUGCGAUCCUGUCUGGUGCCUUUGGCGGGCUUAUAGCCGGUGCUAUCGAGCAGAACUUGGACGGUGCACACGGCCUCCCAGGUUGGAGAUGGCUCUUUGUUGUUGAAGGAGCUGCCACUGCAGGAUGGUCAAUAGUCGCAUCCUUUCUCCUCCUGGACUUCCCUGCCAACACGAAGCGCCUCACCGACCGAGAACGUGAAUUAGCAACCAAGCGACUCCAAUGGUCCAGACCAGUGGUGGGCGAAGAGAAGAUGGGCCACCUCACAGCCCUGAAACACUCCGUCCUCAACUGGAGAACCUGGAUCUUCGUUGUCGGCUACAUGGCUGUCGUCGGCUCGUCCACGCUGUCAUACUUCUACCCAACUCUCGUAGAGGGCCUCGGCUACAGCGGCGCCGUCACUCAGUACAUGACAGUCCCCAUCUACCUGGCUGCCUUCAUCUGCACUGCCAUCAACAGCGUUUUCAUGGACAAGAAACCCCAGUACCGUGGCUACGCACUGGGCGCCUGGAUGGGGCUCGCCAUGGUGUGCGCGAUCAUCACCUGUGUUGUGUACAACUUUCACGCGAGGUAUGCUCUGCUUGUCAUCAUGGCCAGCGGUCUCUGGGCCUCCAAUGCACUCUCGCUGGCGUACGCGUCGACGACGUUUGGGUCUAUGAAUCAUGAAGUCAGGGGCAUCAGCCUUGCCAUCGUCAACGCCAUGGGUAACUUGGCACAGAUUUAUGGUGCAUAUCUGUUUCCGUCUGGCGAUGCGCCCAAGUAUCUCAUGGGUUUUGGCGUCAUCAGCGGGCUUUGCUUUACUGGUAUUGUCUCAUACCUUGCCUUGCAGGUCUUGCUCCGGAGGUACCCGAAUUAAAAAGUACAAAGU